CAGGAAACAGGGCUCGGAGCUGAUCUGAAGCCUUUCGGCGUGUUUGUUGCUGUAUUGUACUGUAUGCAGGGAGAGGGGGGGUUGUUUUAAAUCUCUCUCCCGCUCAAGUCUCGUUCCACCCCCCCACCCCCCACCACGCCAUUUCAUUGCGGUAUAUUUAUAUAUAGGUACUCUUUUAUUUAUUUUUAUUUUAUUUUGUAGUUUAUGAUUUUCCCUUUUUAUUUUUUUCACGCUCCAGGAGGGCAGAAAUGGCGGCCAACAUGUACCGGGUCGGAGAUUAUGUGUUCUUUGAGAACUCUUCAAGCAACCCAUAUCUAAUCAGAAGAAUAGAAGAGUUGAACAAGACUGCAAGUGGCAAUGUUGAGGCAAAGGUGGUCUGCUUUUACCGGAGGAGGGACAUCUCGAACAGCCUCAUACAGCUUGCAGAUAAGCAUGCCAAGGAGCUGGAAGAAGAGAAGGAGAACCCCAGCGAGCCUGAUCUCACCGAGAAGCAGAAACACCAGCUUAGACACCGCGAACUCUUCUUGUCCCGCCAGUAUGAGUCACUACCAGCAACACAUAUCAGGGGAAAAUGCAGUGUCGCUCUCUUGAACGAAACGGAAUCAGUUCUCUCUUAUCUGGACAAAGAGGACACCUUCUUCUACUCACUGGUGUAUGACCCCACGCAGAAAACCCUGCUGGCAGACAAGGGCGAGAUCCGCGUGGGGCCCCGAUUCCAGGCGGAUGUUCCCGAUAUGCUGCAGGAAGGAGAGCCAGAUGAGAGGGACCAGUCCAAACUGGAGGUGAAGAUGUGGGACCCACACUGCCCUCUAACCAACAGGCAGAUAGACCAGUUUCUCGUAGUAGCUCGUGCCGUGGGGACGUUUGCGCGGGCCUUGGACUGCAGCAGCUCUGUCAGACAGCCCAGCCUUCAUAUGAGCGCCGCUGCCGCCUCCCGGGACAUCACGCUGUUCCAUGCCAUGGACACCCUGCACCGGCACGGCUACGACCUGUCCAGCGCCAUCAGCGUGCUGGUGCCCCAGGGCGGCCCGGUGCUGUGCCGGGACGAGAUGGAGGAGUGGAGCGCCUCAGAGGCCAACCUCUUCGAAGAGGCACUGGAGAAAUACGGCAAGGACUUUAAUGACAUCCGGCAAGACUUUCUUCCAUGGAAAUCCCUGACGAGUAUCAUAGAAUAUUACUACAUGUGGAAAACCACCGACAGAUACGUGCAACAGAAGCGACUUAAGGCAGCAGAGGCUGAAAGCAAGCUGAAACAAGUUUACAUCCCAACUUACAACAAGCCCAACCCGAACCAGAUCUCGGCAAGUAAUGGUAAAACUGCCACGAUGAACGGUGCAGCCGGGGCGGGCAGCUUCCAGCAGCCGGGCUUGGGCCGGGCCUGCGAGAGCUGUUUCUCCAUGCAGUCGCCUCAGUGGUACUCCUGGGGUCCCCCCAACAUGCAGUGUCGUCUGUGUGUGUCCUGCUGGGUGUACUGGAAGAAGUACGGGGGCCUGAAGAUGCCAAGCCGAGCUGAAGGAGAAGAGAAGAUGUCCCCCAGCCCAGCCCCCAACGAGCCGCGGUCCCGGGGUCACGGGCCCCGGCAGUCUGCGCACGCCGUGCCGGUGAGGAACAGCGGCAGCCCCAAGUCCUCCAUGAAGACAAGGCAGGCCUUCCUGCUGCAGGCCACGCGGCUCACCAAGCUGGCACGCCACAUGUGCCGGGACCUCAUCCGGCUGCGCCAGGCGGCACGCCGACCUUUUGUGCCCAUUAACAUUGCUGCCGUUAAGGCAGAGUACAUGAGCCGGCUGCCCGAAGGAGUGGAGAGACCAGCCAAGAUGAAAGCUUCUCCGAGAGUGACUCUCUCCAGCGUCCUCAAGUACUUAGAGUCCCGCCCCCCCCUCCACAGCCCCAGAGUGGCACGGACACCCAGCCUGCAGUGCCAGCCCGCAAAACGCCUCCUCUCUUCUCUGCCCAGCCACGGUCCCCUUGGAAUUCUGGGGAAACGGAGCUACAACCACCACAGCAGGAUAGAGGGGCUGGAGAGAAGAGGGAACAUUAUUGGGCAUGACAACAUGAGCCACAUCAUGGGACCAGUCCUGCACAAUGGCAGAGCCAGCAGCAACCCAGCAAGAGCUGCUGGCACCUUUCUCCGCAAACAGAGACCCAACUGGAUUGAUGCUCCUGACGACGGCUUCUUCCUGGUGUCCCAGGAAACCAGGAGAGUUCGGAAGCUGCUUUCUCGGACCCAGUUAAGAAGAGCAUGUAGACAGCCGUGUGAGCAGAUCCGAGUGAGGAGAUCAGUGUACUGCCCCUCGUACCCGAGCCUCAGGACCCACGGACCCAUCAUCAUCCAUGACUGACUGCACCCUGCUGUCCUUAAAACACAUCCACACCCAUUUGAGCAAGCUGCCAGCUCUUCAGUGGCAUCUACCCCACAGCCUGGACUGUCCAAACCAGCCAACCAGUUACAUCAGGAGGGUACUGACAUCAGCCAUCAUUAUUUCAUUUUGUAAUAUUGCACAAUCAUUUUGGAAUAAAAGAGGCUUUAAUUUUGUGCAGUGUUCAAUGCCAGUCUUUAAGGUGAAAGAAAGCCUACCUGGUAGAGUGGCAAUAAGAUAAUGCUCAGUGCCUCUUAAUUUUGGCCAUUUCUUUCCUAAAAAUGGCAGGACUUUUGGAAGGCAUGUCUGUAUUUUUCAAAGUUUAGUUUCCUGUCCUUAUAUUGGACUGGGAAGCUUUUUUUGCUUUUACUUUUCAGUGUGAACAAAUGACUGUAAAUAUGUUUGAUCUUCGUCAGAUUUGUCUGAUGUAUUUUUAAAAUAUUUUCCUUUUUUAACAUUUCCCCUCAUGCAGUAUGCUAAAGUGUUUCAAUGCUUUCUAAAAUAACAGGUCUUUGUACUGUGCCUGUUCUGAAUUUUUACCACUGACAAUCAAACUUAAAAUGUGAUCAGAAAUUUUAAAAAGUGGACUGAUAAGAAGUGGUCUUGACACCUGUUAGAAUAAUUAUAAGGGUGCUCUGUUCUAUUGACAUUCUUAUCUAUGCAGAUAAUCUAUUGAUUUUGAAAUAGGACACCUUCAUUAAAUAGGGUGCAUCCCCUUUGUAGCCCAAGUUUUCAACAAGGCCUCUUGAAACAAAGGUCAUUGACACCAAAUGGAGCCUGUUGUGGUAUCACUGAGAUUUGGUAUGGACUGGGUUCCUGCAUUUUUUGGUCUCUUUCAUUAGACAUUACUUCUUAUUUCUCAUAUGAAACCAAUAACUCUUCACAAGUAUGCAGCCUCAGCAUUCUGAUCACUCUGUAAUAUACAAUAGUUAAAAUUUCAAUGAACAAAUAAGGGAUUAUUUCCAUCUAUAGCCACUAAACAGCUUUCCAUUGCAGUAUUCUUCCCAUAUAUAAGUAAUGUCAAGAAGAGGCGACAUUAUUCCCAACAUAUUGAAAAUCUUAAUUAUAAUUAACUAUGCAUUAAUCCCUACAAAGGAAGGACCAGAAAGUAUCAUCCACUUAGCUUAACUGAAACCAGUAAAAGAUAAAGUCACAUUUGUGCAACCACUUCAAUUUUUAAUGCUUUCAGUGUUCUGAAAUGAUUUUAUUUUGGCUAUUUCUCCUUUAUUCUCCAUGUUUUUGGGAUGUUCUCCAUUGAUGUGCUUUCUAGGGUAGUAAUGAAGAAUUAGGAUGAGGUUUGUCUGUCCACUUAUUUCCAGGUUGUCACUGCCAUCAACAUACAUUGUACUUCUCAGCUUUUGCUAAGGAUCAAGCAUUCAGAUCAAAUUAAAACCAGUGCUGGUUUGAUUAAACCCC